CCGGGACUUAGGAACAGAGAUAUGUUCCUUCACCCGUUCCACGAUGACGUCACAGCCGGAAGUCUGGGAUAAAGACAAUUUCUGAUUAAAUUAAUAUGGAACUUUGCAACUGGCAGAAACUUUUAAGGAUCAGAAAGACAUUUGAGGAUCAGCUAAUAUCACGAACCCAGUGCCCACAGAGGAAAAUCAUGGACAACAAAAAUGAAUCUGUCAUUACUGAAUUCAUUCUUCAGGGAUUCACAGGCAAUCCCAGAAUGCAGUUUUUACUUUUUACAAUCUUCCUCUUUGUUUAUGCUAUCUCUGUCUUAGGGAAUGUUGGGAUGAUUCUGUUGAUUUCCACUAACACCCAACUUCACAAACCCAUGUAUUACUUCCUGGGCAACCUCUCCUUUGUUGAUCUCUGCUGCUCUUCAGCCAUUUCUCCAAAAAUGCUGAUUGACUUGUUGGUUGAAGGAAAAAGAAUUUCAUUUGGUGCUUGUGCUACACAGAUCUUUCUGAUUGCUGCAUUUGAAGUUACAGGGAGUAUUUUGUUGGCUAUGAUGGCCUAUGACAGAUAUGUGGCCAUCUGCAAUCCACUUCUCUAUCCGGCUAUCAUGUCCAAAAAGGUCUGCCAACAAAUGAUUGCUGUUGCAUAUUGCAUAGGCCUAAUGGAUACAAUAAUAUACACAUCCCCAAUAUUUCGACUGAUAUUCUGCCGGUCAAAUGUUAUCAAUCAUUUCUUCUGUGACAUACCUCCACUCUUAAUGAUCUCCUGUUCAGAUACAUACAUCAGUGAAAUAGUGAUAAUUUUCCUUGCUAGCUUUGUUGAAGUAAGCAGCAUAGCUAUGAUUCUUGUAUCCUAUGCUUAUAUUUUGAGUACAGUCCUGAGAAUGCGCUCUGUUGAAGGCAGGCACAAAGCGUUUUCCACCUGCGGCUCUCACCUGACAGCUGUUGGCAUAUACCAUGGGACAAUACUCUUCAUGUACUCUCGGCCCAGCUCCAGCUAUUCCAUGGACCAGGACAAAUGGGCCUCAUUGUUCUACACAGUUGUGGUCUCCAUGUUCAACCCUCUCAUCUAUAGUCUGAGGAAUAAGGAGGUGAAAGAUGCUGCAACCAAAUCCGUGGGCAACAUAUGGAUUUUUAAAGGGAAUAAUCCUAGAUACAUUUAAUGGACAAUUUCAUUACAAGCAUUGCCAUUUCCAAAAAGGAAGAACAUCAGUAAGGAAAAAAAUAUAUUUGCUAGCAAUCAACAAGGAGAAGUUCCUGGUAACCUUAAAUCACAAUUAUGAUUUUUACACAUCACAGGUUCAAAAAUCUUUAUCACUAUGGAUAGUAAAAAUCAGAAGUUUGUAAAUUUGGUACAACAGUGGUUCUCAACCUUUUCUUCACCACUGACUCCCUUUAAACAUUUAAAGGACCACAGGCUCCCAAGAUCCCCAAAACCUAAUUCAAUAUUUAAAUCAUAACAUUUUUCCAGCCUUCGCGGACCCCCUGUGAUGACAUCACGCCUCCCCAGGGGUCUGCUGACCACAGGUUGAGAACCCCUGUGAUACACUAUUAUAUAAUCUUACUAUAAAGAUUAUAUUAGUUCACAGUUCAACAAAAAUAAAGAUUGUGGUCAGUUCUGAAUUUUCAAACUUAUAAGCGUUUAAUAUGCUUAUACGUCUGUGAUUUUUUUAAUAUAUAGUUUUAGUUAUUAUCUUUACAAACUUGAAAAUAUCCAAAUCCAACUUUAUUUUGUGGAAAAGGAGAUCCAUCUGUUCAAUUAGCCUGCCAAACUAGGACAAUAUUGUUUAUGAUUUAUGUGAUUUGGAGUGAUCAAGGAGCUCAUAAAUGCCCUGAGAUAAUGACUUUGUUUUAUGACUGUUGUUUCUAAAGAAGAAGAAUAUUAGUGAAAAUCAAUAUAUUUCUACAGUUUUUUUAAAGGUUGGCUUCUGGGUUCUCAUGCUUUUGAAGGUUAUCAUAUAUUAAUUGGGUGCAGAUUAAUAUUGUAAACAAUCACGCUAUUGUAUCAUAAGCCUGGUAUUUUAUCCAGAUGGUUUUUGCAUCCAUGAUUAUCAUAUUUGCAAUGUUAAUAAUAGCUAUUUCCAUAUUAUUUUAAUAAAAAAAUCAAACACA